AUGGCUUCUCACACGAAGAAGGACGAUUUCUGUCUCGAAUGCCACUGGGAGGCUUUCCACCUGGAUGGAAAAGAGACUGAAGAUCCCUCCGAGGCUCAGCCGGAUCAAUGGAACUGUCCCGACCAGGUACACACCCCGCUACCUCAUUGUGAGGUAGAUGAGCAGUGCCACGUUGACGAGGACUGCUGUGAUGUAGACGAUUGUUCCGUCAACUGUUCAUCUGUCUGCGACGGCUUCGUUGAUUGUGAUGAAGCUCUAGUGUGUUCUGAAUCCCACUGCGACGAGGAUCAUUGCAAGAACGUCGACCCGGUUUGCUUUGAUGAACACUGCUUUGAUGACAGCAAUGUAGACGGCGAGCACAGUCUGGAGUCCUUGUUAGGGCUGGGGUCUCCUCUCAACCUCGAAACGAACGACCUACUAUCACCGACCACGAUCCCACCGUCACAGGUCGAGCAGCCCAAGACAGUGACACAACCUGCCGCAGGCCUUGUGGCCCCGGCUUCGUCGAAUGAUACGUUCCUCAAUUCCUAUGCCGUGCCCGUGUCCCACUGCCACUCUCACAGCCAUCAGCAUUUCCACUGUCACGACUUUUCCAAGGAUGCUCACCAUGCAGCGAAUUCAUGGCUACCGUUACAGAACGCGGUAAACCCGGCGGACGUGUUUCACAUGAUGGCAUGCCCUGACCUGUCUGGAUGCCAUCAGUUCCACGUCCACGAGGCGCAGGCCUGUCCUGUUCCGGACAAACCCGCUGAUGACAGUGCUUCGAACCCGUUUGCCUGCUUUCAUAUCCCUCAUAUUCCCCACCACCAUCACCCUCCGACCGAAAUGAAGAGCCCGGCUCUCCCGCACAAGCCGACCAACAACUGGAAGCCAUGUCGCACGCAUGUGCACCGGUGUCGCACGCACGGACAUGCUCAUGUCCACCCCUAUGGCCCGUACUCGCCAUACUCCCGUCAUUCGCGGUCCAGCGUGAGCUCGCAACUGAGUCCGGGCGAGACCCCGCCCCCGCUGGAUGGGGGCACCUCGUCUGUCCUGACCAGUCCGGAAUACGCCCCCGACACCGAGUUAUUCAUGUGCCAGUGGGCCACAACAACCGACGGGGUCAAGAUGCGCUGCGGCGCCACCUUCGCCGACGCAUGCGCUCUGCAGGAACAUCUGGUGGGAUGCCACAUGGCGACCGUGGAGGGCGCCAAGGGCACGGGAUAUUACUGCUGCUGGGAGGGGUGUCAUCGACCGGACGAGCCAUUUUCGCAAAAGUCGAAACUGCAGGGCCAUUUCUUGACACACAGCAACUAUAAAAACUUCAAAUGCUCCGUCUGUGGAAAGAUGUUUGCGCGACAGGCGACAUUGGAGCGACAUGAGCGGAGCCAUCGGGGGGAGAAACCGUACAAGUGUAGUGAGUGCGGCAAGUCAUUCACCGAUAGUAGCGAGCUGAAAACACAUUCACGGACGCAUACAGGAGAGAAGCCGUUCAAGUGUACACACCCAGGGUGUGACUUUCAGACUGGCGAUUCAUCCAACAUGUCUAGCCACCGCUUAACACACGGCGAACGCAGACACAAAUGCCACCACCUCGGGUGCACCAAGAGCUUCACGCGACACGCCACAGACCAACUCAAACGACAUUUAAAAACCACCCACAAAGAAAACAUCACGAUGCCGUCGCCAGUGGCGGAGCAAUUCGGCCUCGCCUUUUCCGAAGUGGCGUGA